AUGGACCUGAAGAACAUUGGUGUAAUACGGUGCCCGGUAUGCCGCCAGGAAUGCAGACAGAUAGACCUUGUGGAUAAUUAUUUUGUGAAAGACACAUCUGAAGCUCCUAGCAGUUCUGAUGAAAAAUCAGAACAGGUAUGUACUAGUUGUGAAGACAAUGCAAGUGCAGUUGGCUUUUGUGUGGAAUGUGGCGAGUGGCUAUGUAAGACAUGCAUUGAAGCGCAUCAAAGAGUAAAAUUCACGAAAGAUCACUUAAUCAGGAAGAAAGAAGAUGUCUCAGAGUCUGUUGGAGCGUCUGGUCAGCGCCCUGUUUUCUGCCCUGUACACAAACAAGAACAGUUGAAACUUUUCUGUGAAACUUGUGAUAGACUGACAUGUAGAGACUGUCAGCUAUUGGAACACAAAGAACAUAGGUAUCAGUUUUUGGAAGAAGCUUUUCAAAAUCAGAAAGGUGCAAUUGAAAAUCUACUGGCUAAGCUUCUUGAAAAGAAGAAUUAUGUUCAUUUUGCAGCUACUCAGGUGCAGAAUAGGAUAAAAGAAGUAAAUGAGACUAACAAACGAGUAGAACAGGAAAUUAAAGUGGCCAUUUUCACCCUUAUCAAUGAAAUUAAUAAGAAAGGAAAAUCUCUCUUACAGCAGCUAGAGAAUGUCACAAAAGAAAGACAGAUGAAAUUACUACAGCAGCAGAAUGACAUCACGGGCCUUUCACGGCAGGUGAAGCAUGUAAUGAACUUUACCAACUGGGCAAUUGCAAGCGGGAGUAGCACAGCACUGCUAUAUAGCAAGCGACUGAUUACUUUUCAGUUGCGUCAUAUUUUGAAAGCGCGAUGUGAUCCUGUCCCUGCUGCUAAUGGAGCAAUACGUUUCCAUUGUGAUCCCACCUUCUGGGCAAAGAAUGUAGUCAAUUUAGGUAAUCUAGUAAUAGAGAGUAAGCCAGCUCCUGGCUAUACUCCCAAUGUUGUAGUUGGGCAAGUUCCGCCAGGGACAAACCACAUUAGUAAAACCCCUGGACAGAUUAACUUAGCGCAGCUUCGACUCCAGCACAUGCAGCAACAAGUGUAUGCACAGAAGCAUCAGCAGUUGCAACAGAUGAGGAUGCAGCAGCCACCAGCACCUGCACCAACAACAACAGCAACAACGCAGCAGCAUCCUAGACAAGCAGCCCCCCAGAUGUUACAACAACAGCCUCCUCGAUUGAUCAGUGUGCAAACAAUGCAAAGAGGCAAUAUGAACUGCGGAGCUUUUCAAGCCCAUCAGAUGAGACUGGCUCAGAAUGCUGCCAGAAUACCAGGGAUACCCAGGCACAGCAGCCCUCAGUAUUCCAUGAUGCAGCCACACCUCCAAAGACAACACUCAAACCCAGGGCAUGCAGGACCCUUCCCUGUCGUCUCGGUACACAACAACACAAUCAACCCAACGAGCCCUACGACAGCAACUAUGGCAAAUGCAAACCGAGGUCCCACCAGCCCAUCCGUUACAGCAAUAGAACUUAUCCCCUCAGUUACCAAUCCAGAAAACCUUCCAUCGCUGCCAGAUAUUCCGCCCAUACAGUUGGAAGAUGCUGGCUCAAGUAGUUUAGAUAAUCUACUAAGUAGAUACAUCUCAGGCAGUCACCUACCCCCACAGCCUACAAGCACCAUGAAUCCUUCCCCAGGACCCUCUGCCCUGUCUCCAGGAUCAUCAGGUUUAUCCAAUUCUCACACACCUGUGAGACCCCCUAGUACCUCUAGUACUGGCAGUCGAGGCAGCUGUGGGUCAUCAGGCAGAACUGCUGAAAAGACAAGUCUUAGUUUCAAAUCUGAUCAAGUGAAGGUCAAGCAAGAACCUGGUGCUGAAGAUGAAGUAUGCAGCUUUUCAGGAUCUGUGAAACAAGAGAAGACAGAAGAUGGCAGGAGGAGUGCUUGCAUGCUGAGCAGUCCUGAGAGUAGCUUGACACCACCCCUCUCAGCCAGCCUGCAUCUGGAGAGUGAGUUGGAUGCAUUAGCAAGCCUGGAAAACCAUGUGAAAACGGAACCCACAGAUAUGAGUGAAAGCUGCAAGCAGUCAGGGCUCAGCAGUCUUGUGAAUGGAAAGUCCCCAAUCCGAAGCCUCAUGCACAGGUCGGCAAGGAUUGGAGGAGAUGGCAGCAGCAAAGAUGACGACCCAAAUGAAGACUGGUGUGCUGUCUGCCAAAAUGGAGGGGAUCUCUUGUGCUGUGAGAAAUGUCCAAAGGUCUUUCAUCUAACUUGUCAUGUUCCAACACUUCUUAGCUUUCCAAGUGGGGACUGGAUAUGCACAUUUUGUAGAGAUAUUGGGAAGCCAGAAGUUGAAUAUGACUGUGAUAAUUUGCAACAUAGUAAGAAGGGGAAAACCGUACAGGGGUUAAGCCCCGUGGACCAAAGGAAAUGUGAACGUCUUCUGCUUUACCUCUAUUGCCAUGAACUAAGUAUUGAAUUCCAGGAGCCUGUUCCUGCUUCGAUACCAAACUACUAUAAAAUUAUAAAGAAACCAAUGGAUUUAUCCACCGUGAAAAAGAAGCUUCAGAAAAAGCAUUCCCAACACUACCAAAUCCCAGAUGACUUUGUGGCUGAUGUCCGUUUGAUCUUCAAGAACUGUGAAAGGUUUAAUGAAAUGAUGAAAGUUGUUCAAGUUUAUGCAGACACACAAGAGAUUAAUUUGAAGGCUGAUUCAGAAGUAGCUCAGGCAGGGAAAGCAGUUGCAUUGUACUUUGAAGAUAAACUCACAGAGAUCUACUCAGACAGGACCUUCGCACCUUUGCCAGAGUUUGAGCAGGAAGAGGAUGAUGGUGAGAGAACAGACUUCUCAAAAAAAUCUUCAGAAGCAGCUUAUUAUGAAAUAUCAAAAUAUUGAAAUAAACCCGGUGGGGUUAGAUUACUCAUCCGUCCACCAAGUGGGACAUUUGCAUGGACUGGGGCUUAAAGGACUUAGAAGAGACCUGUCAGUAAAUCCUGAAAAUGAGCCAAUCCCCACUUGAAUGGUUACUGGAGUAAACCCACCUUUACUACCCCGAUUACAGCACCUGAGGCAGAUAAACCAACUUGGCUCUGGUUCUUUUUUCUUCUCUUCAUUUGUGAUGCUCAGAUGUAAGAUGUGUGUUCUAGACUGUGUACAGGCUUCUCUUUUGUUGGAUUAAAAAUUUUAGUCCUACUUUUGUAUGGACACAUUAGAAUAUAAAGAGACCAAAAUAGAAGAAUUUGCCAUUAGAUACUUUUCAGGUGUCAGCAGAUUUGUGGCAAAUCAGUUGCCUUUUUAAAAAAAAUUCAGUUUAAGCAGUUCAGACAGUAGACUACUCAGAAAAUUAUUUGACAUAAUUGUCUAAGAGGUAAAUAUUUUUUAGUGCUUAUUGAAUCAAAUAAAGUGCUCUAAAGAAAUGAUUAUGCAAAUUCUUUUGGGUUGUUUUUCUUCUCUUAAUAAGAGGGUAAGGGUAAACAGGAAUAAUGAUUCAGGCCUUCUGACUGUGUAUUUCAGCAGUAUUGAUUUCAUUAUUGCCAUUGACUUUAUUCCCUGGCUUUCCUUUCACUUUUCCUUCAACUUUGCUUACAAGUUAAGCUUUUAAAAAUAUUCUAUACUGUUUAGUCAUUUUGCUCAAAUGUCAAGUUCCCAAGAAAAGUUUUUUAAUGAGAGAGAAAAUCAUUUUAAAAUGCUUUUACCUAUUACUGUUUCCCUCUUUGCACACCAUCCAUGAAUCUGUUUAUCAGUAGACACACUUGUCUAAGGACACAUUUUCGGAACUUGAGCAGUAGCAGCAGUAUACUUUGUUUUGUCAAGCCUUUGAGUCCUAAUAUUUUGAAUUUGCUCUUCAUGUGAAUUCUUUUCAAAGGAAAUUUCAUAGAUAAUAAGUCAUAAAAGGGUUCUGCCAACUGGGGGAAGAAGCAGGUUUUAAGUAAAUAUUUCUCAAUAUUGGGGGCCUUAAAAGACAGUGUGUUCCCUUUAACAAACAUUCUGUUAGAUGGAGUUUUGGGUUUUGUAUGUUCUGAUUUCAAGUGGGCUAAACUGAUCCAUUUUAAAGCCGCUUUAUUGUCAGCAUUUAAUAGGCUCCAUUUCUGUUAAUAAAUGGUAAUUCAGACUGCUGAGGAAUUACUGUUACAUUAAUAGCUGUCAACAAACCACCAUUACAUGAAUUCACUUUAGCUUUCACACUGAUUGCAGUAGGUCUAAGCUGAUUUGUUCAGCUCUAAUAUAACUAUGGUUAGUUCAAAGUGAAAAAACUGAAAUUGAGACUCACAUAUGUUUUUCCAUUAAUUUAUGUUUGUAAAAGACAGCAUUGAAUAUCUGUUAAUUCCUGAAAGCAGCUUGUUUUCAUACUCUCUCACAUUUGUAUUCUUUGUUUAAAAGGCGGUAUUUUAGAUUUGGAAAAAAGUCCACAUAAUGUCUUCUCAAAAGCUCUCAGAGUUUUUGUCAUACUUAAAUUUACUUCACCCAUCAGGAAACUAAGAACAAAGUGUUGCUCCAUCUGUUCCACUCGCCUCAAUUUAUGUUUUCAGCACUUGGUCAGCUGAGUCACUGACUGAAGGAAAUACUUUACAGGUGCAUCAUGAGAAAGUUCCAAAGCACGGUUAGACUGUAGGCCACCCUCUCUGUAGAAAUGUGCAACCAUUACAGCAGAGAAUUGAUGGGGCAUGGGAUCCACUGUGGAAAUCAUUGAUUUUGGAGUCAACAAGUUGGUACUUUCUGACUUCUGUAUUUUGCAUAGAAGGGAAUUUUAGAUCACUCUAACUUAUUUCACUUUUUGUUAUAACAAGUUUUGACAAUUUUUAGUUCAUCCAAAGAAAUAAUGCUUUUAAGUAGAAGUAAAAGAUUUAGAGUGUGCAAAUUGUAGAUUUAUCAAUUACCUCAGCAGGUAUCCUGCCAUGUAAUUAUAAGUGAUUAGUGUUAAUGAGCCAGUAGAUUCAGGUCUUCCAGCUAACUAUGCCCUUGGAUGGUGGCCUACCAUAUGUUAUCAAAUGGUCUCUUCCUAUCCAAAAUGGGAGUAGAUGCUGUGGCCCAUCUCCCUUGGCCUUCAUGCCCUGUACCCACCCCCAUUCACAUGCAACAUGUGAAAUAAAAAUUUUUGUUUCUUGUCAGAGUCAGCACUGCUUAUUUGUGUACUCAGCAUUGGAUCAGUGAGUAGUUGUAUAAAAAUCCAUACACCCAACUCUCUUAAUUAAAACAAUCAAAUCCUUCAUUUAUACCAUCCAUAUUAAUGAUCUGCUGAAGGUGAUUCAAGAUUUUCAAGGUGUAUUACAGUUUGAUCACGUACUGGACCUAGAUGUUUACUUUAACUUUUUUCCUCACAGUUAUCUUCUCCUUGAUAAAGCAAUAACACUGCUUUAAGUCUGUUGCCUAAUAGCAUGUCGGAAUCCUCUCCUGGAUGGUGAUUUUAUAGGAAAGUUUGUAUGCAUAUCACCCAGUCUAUCUUUUAAAAAUUAAGAAAUUUAAACGUAUGCUGGAGGUAAUGACAAUAUAUUGUGGCAUUUUAUUUUAAAAAUUGGGGAAAGUUGCAUAUUUUUUUAAAAGUAGGUGUUUGAGUAAAAAAAAAAAAAUUGAAGGUACUUUUUUAAGGAAAAAAAUUUAUAUGCCACAGUUUACAUAGACAUUUCAGAUUUCAACAUGUACUCGUGAAUAUAAUGGUUUCUUUUACUUGGUCAGAAUGCAUGUAUAGCGUUUCUUCCGUCUUAUUUCCUUGUGUUUGCCUAUGUGGUCCUUUAUAUCUUUUUUAUUGUAUCUGAGAAACAAUUAUAUUCAAAAAUAAGUUAAUUUGGAUAUAUUUGUCAUAUCAAACUACAGAAUGUACAAAAUUAAGUUUAGCCCUUUUUUUAGCAAGUUAUCUUUAAAAAUUCAAAAUGCUAUUCUUUUAAAUUCACCAAAUUUAUAUGUGGGAAGGCACCGAAAUGGUUCUAUAAGUGCCACUGCAAUAUUCCCUUUCAAGUGUGGCCUAAAUUUCAGUCUUAAAGAUGGAAUGCAUGUCUGUUCCUGGUCUGAAAAAUGUAGGCAUCUACUAUGUUUUAAAACGCAGUGAAACAUGUACAUAAGCCUAUACAAGAUUUGUGCAAUUUGAAAGCCUGUUAAUUUUUUAUGUAGAUGUACCUACACACGAAAGGGUUAAAUUCACAGCCUUAUUAGUUCUUUCCUUCCAGUAUUUCAAUUGGUCUUCUCCCCUCGUAUUAUUAUUACUACUACUACUAUUAUUUUUGCACAUAGUUAACUACCCUUCAAUAUGAUUCUUAAGAAAAAGUGCUGUUUCUGUGGUAUCGUAUUCUCUAAAUAAUCAUAUUUAAUUUUUAAAACAAAGUUGCAGUUUCUGAUUGUUCCGUUCCUGUGUUUUUGCUGGUGUGUAAUAAAAGCAAGUUUUUUCUUUUCAUGGUUAUUUAAUACAUUAGCUGCCUGUAAAUAAUUCUUGUUACAAUGCUCUGGAAUGUGUUGUAGAAGUUGUAUUAGAUUAGUUUUAAACUUUGUUUGAAAACCACAUUGUUUUGGUUAUUUCUAUUAAAUUAGAAAAUUGAAAAAGUUUUCAAAUGAA